UUUUUAUUGAUUAAAAAAAUCAAAAAAUUGUCAUGUGUUAAUUUCCGUGUUAUUUCACAGGUGAAGAAACAAAAAUAUAGAUUGUUGAUAUUAAUACUAACCAGCCCGGACAAUAUGAGGGAGCGAGUGACAAUUCGGAAAACCUGGUUGUCUGAGAAGAAUGACAACGUGAAGCAUCUAUUUGCAAUCGGUACGCAGAAUAUCGAAUUAGAGAAUUACGAGACACUGCAAUCGGAGCAAGCAAAAUUCAAAGACUUGCUUCUGCUGCCGAAACUGCGCGACGCUUAUGGAACUCUGACCAAAAAAGUUUCCCAGUCGUUUCAGAGAAUUUACGACCUGUAUGACUUUGAUUAUUUGCUGAAGGUAGACGACGAUUCCUUCGUCGUGCUCCAUAAAUUGCUGGUUAAUCUUGACACCUGGGAAGCUAAAGGCUACAGAAAGGAACUCUACUGGGGGUUUUUUAAUGGAAAAGCUCAAGUUAAAAGGCUCGGUGCCUGGAAAGAGACUGAAUGGAACCUCUGUGAUCAUUAUUUGCCGUAUGCUGUUGGCGGUGGAUAUGUUUUGUCUUAUAAUCUUGUAAAAUAUAUUGCUAUUAAUGUUGAUAGUUUAAGAUUAUUUAAUUCUGAAGAUGUUUCGGUAGGCUUAUGGCUAUCGGCGCUAGCAAACAUAGAACGGCGACAUGACAUAAGAUUUGAUACGGAGUAUCGUUCCCGUGGGUGUUCAAAUGAAUAUUUAAUAACACAUAAACAGUCGACUGAAAGUAUGAAAGCACUUCAUGAUUACUAUACAAUGACGGGUAAUUUAUGCAGCAAAGAAUUUUCAAGUAGAAUGAGCUAUCAUUACAAUUGGACGGUUCCACCCAGUCAAUGUUGUGUUCGUAAAGCUGGGAUAAUUUAAAAAAAAAAAAAAAAACACCGCCUACAGUCAAUCUAGUCCUCCAUUGUCUUCUUUAAAGUCAAACGCAAUAAAUUAA